UCCGGGGAGACCAGAUAUAGUGAAUGCAGGGUCCGGGGAGACCAGAUAUAGUGAAUGCAGGGUCCAGGGAGACCGGAUAUAGUGAAUGCAGGGUCCAGGGAGAAACAGAUAUAGUGAAUGCAGGGUCCGGGGAGACCAGAUAUAGUGAAUGCAGGGUCCGGGGAGACCGGAUAUAGUGAAUGCAGCGUCCGGGGGCACCGGAUAUAGUGAAUGCAGGGUCCAGAGAGACCAGAUAUAGUGAAUGCAGGGUCCAGGGAGACCAGAUAUAGUGAAUGCAGGGUCCAGGGAGACCGGAUAUAGGAGACCAGAUAUAGUGAAUACAGGGUCC